AUGACUAAAGCACACUUGAGCUUAGAUAAUGUGAAGCUGAAAACUGAUGCUCUCAUAAAACUAAACUUACCCAUUCAGAUAGAGGUUGGUUUGGUUAAUCAUCUAGAGAUAAAAAUACCUUGGCUUACCAUUGGAAGCAAUCCAGUUGAAGUUAUUUUGGAUGGAUUGAAUCUAAUAGUAUCUCCUCAGAAAAAAUCAGAGUGGAAAAUACUUGAUAUAUUUGAUCAGAAAUAUCUGGAGGAUAAACUUGUGAAUACAAUGAAUGACAUUAAGAACUAGUACAGCUAGGAAGAGAACUAAGGAUACUUUGAGAAGUUAGCAACAAAAGUGGUUGAUAACAUUCAGAUAUCAAUCACUAAUUUUCAUGUCAGAUUCGAAGAUCAUUUUUCUGGAGAUCAGUAGUACACAUUCGGAAUGGUGAUGAAGAGCUUUCAAGUCCAGACUACUAAUAGCUAGUGGGCUCAAAGGUAUGUUGAUAGAACUCAAAACGGCUAGGGAAUGACGAAUCUCUACAAACUUCUUAAGGUUGAGGGCUUUGGAAUCUAUCUUAAUCCAAGUGACUAAACCAUAAUUCACUAAUAGACAGAUGUUCAAGAAAAUAGAAUUCAAUUAAUGGAUGCUAUAAUUGAGAAACAGCAAGACCAUCUUUCUUAUAUUCUCAGACCUAGUAAUAUUCAAUCUUUAAACUUAUUAAUAGUGAAUCUUAUAAUUAAACUUGAGUAUCAGACAAAGCCAAUCAAGCGAGCAAAUGUUAAAAACAAAAAAGUUUAAAUUUCUAAGACCAAUUAGUGGCAAAGUCGAGAAGCAAAACGCUAAGCGUAAGAAUUUUUUAAUUAUUAAACUACUCUAGUCUGGUGGAGAUAUGCAUAUCUUUGCAUUAAAAAGAGCAAUAGAGCAAAAAAUGGAUCAAUAAAAGAAUUCCAUAUUGCAAAGUAGUAGCUUUGCACAUACUAAGACUAAUUCAAUGAAUUGCUCAUUAAAUUCAGCACCAAUUGCAAUGAAUUUAGAAGACUCAAGAAAGAUGAUUAAGUAUUAUUGAAGCAUAUACUUUAUGCUGUCGAAUUUCCGAUUAUCAAAGAUUGGAUCAGAAAAAUAUUCGAGAAAUAGCAUCAAGAGGAAGCAAAGUAGAAAUAAACAGUGAGCUUCACUUAAUGGCUUUUGUUUGGUUCUUAGAAAAAAGCCGAUAAUGAUCCUGAAAUUCUCAACAAUGAGGAGAUUGACGAACUUGAAAAAGAAAUUUCUGAUUAGUAAUUAGAUCUAACUACUAAGAUGAUGCAUUUAAAUGUGGCUCUUGUGAUUAAAGAGACAUCAGUUGAUAUUGGAUUGACCAAUGAAGAUAAUAUGCUUUUGGGAAUAAAUAUUUUUUCAAAAGAUAUGAUUGUUUCAUUCAAGUCCCAAUCCUAUCAUGAGACCUCAUUUGAGAUGCAAGGAUCUAUUUCAGAUUUUGGGGCUGAUCUAUUCAGCUAGAACUAACACAACGGAGAAGUGACGAUAGAAGACUCUGUUAUUAUGAGCAAUAGAAAAAUUUUCCCUCAAAGCCUUGAUGAGUAACUUAGAAUUCAAAUCAGAAAGAAACCUGAAGAUCUUUCAAAUAUUGAAUAUGACAUUAAUCUAAUAACUAAUCCAUUUGUGCUGAUUUACAACAAGGAAUUUGUAAAGAGGGCUACAUUACUAUCUUAACUUAAGAUAAAUGAAAACUAUUAAAGCGUAGCAAUAGACACUUUUGAGGAUAUUAGAGAGGCAACUUCAAACUAGAUUUACUAAAUUAUUUACAAAAAAGCUAAUCGAAUAAGAAUUAAUGUAGCAUCUCCAGUUAUAAUUUUGCCCUUAACUGCCACAUCAGAAUUGACUAAGCCAGUUUGGGUAAUGAGACUUGGAGAUUUAUAAGUUCUAUCUGCUGAGAGCUAAAUGAAUACCUCAAUAGUUGAAUAUGAAAAGUAUGAGAUUCUAAUAGACUCCAUUAGGAUGCAGUAUUAUUCUAGUUUUGGGAAAUGGCAAAAGAACUUAGAAAAUCUAAGGAACUUCAGAGAUAAGACUAUUAUGAAGGAAAUGGAUGAACUUGUAUUCUCAGUUUUGGAAGAUUGCUGGAUGAAAUUCAAGAUAAAUAUCAAGCAGAAAAAAGCAGGAAUGCUUAUGCUUUCUCAGGAAUAAAAACUUGAGCAUGAUCUUAAGCCUAAAUUGUAUCUACAAGGCAGUUCCUCUGAAGUUAAAAUCAAUCUCACUCAUUCUAUCUACAACAAGUUAGUCAACUUGGAUUAAAUUUUUGAUUUAAGCAAAGAUAUUGACAUUUAAAAGCCUUAUGAAGAUGAUUAAAUUCAAAAUAAAAAGCAGGUCCUACAUGAUGCAAAAAAGUCUGGAUAACUUUAGAAAAGAUUAGAUCCUGCAAAAAUUUGGGAAAAAUAUCAUUGCAUAUUAUCUGGAAACUAUUUAUACUUCUACAAAGACCAAAAUUAACUAAUGCCAAUAUCAUACUUUUAUCUUAGAGGAGCUGAAAUUCAAGAAAAUUAAAAGGAUGUAGGUCCUGAAUUUAAUAUUUAAAUGAAAAAUAGAUUCGGCGAUUGCUGCGUCUCAUUUAAUAAUUUCAAUCAUUAAAAAGAAUGGACUAACUUAUUAAGAAACAGAAUUUAUGAGAUUAAGUAGGAGGAAGAAGAGUUAAACGAUUUGGGCAUUGAAAUAGAUUUAAAGACUAAUGGAUUAGUUCAGAAAAGGAAAAAGCUUAUAAAUCAUCAAAGUUAGACAUUCAAGUUUGAGUUUAGCAUCCCUUCAUUCAAAACGUUGCUUGUUGAUGAAAUUAAAUACUUUUAAGAUUGGAUACUAUUACACUUCAAAAACAUGGCAAUAAUUAACACAAUUUACAAAACAAGUUCCAGGUUAGAAUUGAGAGUAGAAGAGAUAUCAUUGAUUGAUUUGACAGUCAUGGUUAAUUCAAGUUUAGUAAGUCAAAAUAAAUUCCACUCUUCAAUUAAAAAUGCUCUGGAUGUCUAGAUAAGCAGCAUGUCUAAGAAUAACCCCUCAUAUAAGAACAUUGACUAAUCAAUUGAUAUUGUUAUGGAAAACUUAAACAUUAAGAUGUAGCCAACAACAUUUAAUGAGAUUAUAAAAUUCAUAAUGAAUACAAAACCUAAUCUUAGCUAUAAUCAAAUGAGUAGGGAUGAAUUUAUGCUAAAUCAGCAUCUUCUACAAUCAAUUAAAUCAAACAUUUCUACAGGAGCAGAAAAUGUUAUGACCUUCAUAAAGCAUUAAACUGAGAAUGAGUUGAUAUCUUGUAAAAUGAUUAAGGAAACUUACAUGCAUGUGAAUGUUAAGUUUAUUAAUCUAUCAGUCGGUAUGCUUCAUCAUCACUAUCAAAUGGAAAUUUAUAGAAUGGAUACCACCCAAUUGUAGAUAAAAUACAUUAAGAAAUAUGAUCAUUUUAACUUUGAAACUGAUUUCAGAGAUAUCUUUAUUUACGAUCUUACAGGAUAUCCAUAUACUCUGAGUCCAAAACUAUUCAGUGAAAAUCCCCAAAAUUUCAAAUAAACUUAGAGAGAACUUAUAAGAAUUUAGGAUUUUAAUGAAUCAGAUUCAGUCCUACACUUUGGGUUUGAAUCAUAUCAAACUAACUUUUGUUAGUUGAAGAGAUUUGGAAUAAGUUCGAAAAUCAAUUUGAGCAUAUCGUCAAUCUAUAUUGAGUAUUUCUAAGAAGCAAUAAUGAGGUUCUACAAAUACUUCUUUGAAUAAUUCUUAUCUGCUCUUACUGAGACUGAUCCUUACUUGGAUUAUAAAGGCUAGUAUGAACUCAUUAGAGAUGGAAAAACUAUAAAAGGAGAGGCAAUUAAGAGAAUGACAUAAAUUAGUUAAGAGACAGAGAUUAUGGAUAUGCAUAUUUAAAUUAAGAACCUUCAACUGAAGGUACCAGAUAGACCUGAUAGUCCAAAUUAUAUCCUAUUUGGAAUUCAUGAAUUGAACGUCAGUUAGUAACUUCUUCACAAAGCAAAAAGGAUAAGUGUAAAUCCUGAUUAAAAACUUUAUGUCAAAAGUUUCAAAAUAAACUGUGAUGGGAUAGUGCUCGAGUUCGGUGAAAAAUAUAAGAUGACAAAUGAUCCAUUCAAUAUCAAAGUGAUAUUUGAGACUCUAGCUGAAUCUAAAUAGUUGGAAAAUGCUGACCCUUAGAUUAUUGAGCAAGCAUCUCAUAUCUUUAUUAACUUUGACCCAAUUGACUUAGUUUUGCCUUAAAAUGUAUAUACCAACAUUCUAAGAUGUAUGGACCUGAAUUUGAAUUUCCAGGAUAUGUUAGAUAAAGAGUUCUACUUCAUAAAAUAUUAAGAUAUUGAAGACUAUUACAAAUAGCUUUCAAAUGUAGUAAAUAUGAGAAUUAAACUCAAAUUUGAAUCUCUUUCUCUUAAACUCAAACAUUUAGAUGGUUCAUUUUUAUCGGAAAUGAUGAUUAUUGGAAUGAGUAUGAAUAUGAUAAAGUACAUGGAUUUUACAAAUAAGAUGUUUAUUAAGAUCAAUAAUUUCUUUAUCUCUGAGUUUGAAACUAGGGGAAAGAAUAAUCUUAAAAUAAGCCCAUUCAAUAAAGAACAAUCUUAAAAAGCAUUCUAUCAGCUUAAUUCGACGUAUUUUGUUAUUUAACCCAUCCUUUCAUCCGAGGAAGCUAAGGAUAAUACAGUAUAGAUAUUACUUAAUGCUAAGAAUACCACCCCAUCAUAAAUCUUGGUAAACAUGAUAACGAAUUAAUUCGGUGAAAAAGAUAUAAAAGUUGAUAUAUCUGGGCUGAAAAUUACAAUUAAGCCACAUAUUCUGCUACUAAUCUACUACUUUUUCAUUAAUUCCUUCCCUGAAUACGAAGAAGACUCUAAGGAUAUACCAUCUUAUUACAACUUUGAUCCUGAAGAUGCCCCUAAAAUGGAUUUUUCUAUUGAACUCUAAGAUUCAUUACUUUGCAUGUAAAAUAAACCAGGAUUAAAAACCAUAUGCUGCUAAGGUAAAAUAUUCUUCGAAUUGAAAAGAGAAAAUAUCAAAAGAAGGAAGGAGUUAUUAUUACAUAAAGAACUAAGAAAGGCAUCUAAGGAUGUAAAAGAUGAUGAAAUGGACUUUGAAGAAACUCUGGAGUAAAUUGAAAGCAAAUAUGUUUAUAAUAUGAGCGUCCUAGUUAGUGACCUCUGUCCAUUUGUUUGUUCUCUGAGCUAGCUUUAAGCCAAUGAAGAUUUCACAAAAAUUAAGAAGAGACAGCUUUUCACUCCGUUCAAAUUUAGCUAUAUUACCUCUUAUCAGUUAGGCAUGAAACAACCUGGAAAAUAUUCAAAAGAUAAAGAUCCCAUUAUAUUUGGAGUUAAUUGUACAUCUGACAUCAAAUUGGAAAGACUCAAGAUGAAAUUGUCAUUACAGGAUAUGCAUCUAUUAUAUCAAAUUAUCACCUUUGCUAAUGAAAAUGUGAGCAAAGAAUAUCUAAAAAAAUUAGAGAGAAUUGAUUUGUAUAUCAAGAACUAGACCUAAGGUUAAGAUCUCUUUAUGAUUAAAGAAAGGUUUGAUAGAAGUUAAACAAUAAAAAAAGAUUUUGGUAUCAAAGUAUAAGAUUUAGAGUAUUAAGUAGAUAAGAGAAGAAGUAUUAAUGAAAUGUUUAAAGAAGACAGUGAAGACUAGGAUAAGUUCAAGGAUGUCUUCGAUGCUAUAUAGCAGUAAUAUGAGUAGACUAUAACAUAGCAAUUUUAAAGGCUCAGAAGUACAACUCUUGCAUUUUCAAACUUAGCUCAUAAAUACACAACUACAACUUAGAAUACUCAUUAAAAACAAACAUUUAAGUCUAAACUCAACUAAAAAACUUUCUAUGCUAAGAAGUAGUUGCAGCAAAGCUCAGAGUAAUACAUUACAGUGUUCUCAAGAAGCAACAUUAGAGAUGAAAAUGAGCUUGACUUGCACUAAAAACAGAUAUAAAAUAUCUAACCUUUUUUCAACAGUAACCAAACUGUUUCAAAGAAAAAAGAUCAAAGUAGACAGACCAAGGAGUUAUCUUAGUAGUUAUCACACAGGUUAAAUGCUAAUGAUUACCUUCACUUAUCAAAUAAUCUUUAAAGCGAAAAAAAAUCUAUUAGGUCUAGAUCAAGGUUGAAUACUGACAACGGAGAAGAUGAUGAUGAUUAAUUCUUAGAUGCUAAGUCUGAAUUAUUCUAUAGUGUUCACGGAAAAGAUUAAGAAUAGGCCGCUGAAAGUAAAUAUGCAACUCCAUUAAAUGGAGUAGGUAUUGACAUCAAAGAAAUCAAUAAGGAUAUUCAAUUGCAGAUCGACAACAUGGAAAAAUCACAUGACAAUGUUAAUGUAUUUUAAAUAACUUUAUUUUAUAUAGGGCUAAACUCAGAGAAUAAAGGUAGAGUACUAGAAUUCAAUGGAAAAUGUAUUCAAAAGUGUUUUCACCUGUUUAUUAACGACUACGAUAAUGCCUUCUGUCCAGUUUUAGACCUAGAUAUCCCUAAUUUAUUCAUGAAAUAGGAGUAGUAAAACGAAUCUUCACUGACUGAGAUGAAUCUUCACAAGAUGAAAGCACUUUAUUUCAAUGCAUUCUUGGGUGAUUGGGAACCUUUUAUUGAAAGCUUCGAGGUUGAGUAUCUUCAAAAUCUAGUUGGAUAGCAGUAAUUUAUGCAGAUAGACUUCCCUAAAUCAAUUAAUAUUAAUAUCACUGAAAACUGUUUGACUAGCUUGAUAAGCACUUAUAAUUCUUGGAUGGAAACUCCACCAUAUUAAUAUGAAGAUUAUUAAUAAAGACAGAGACUUCUUAGUUCAAGAAUUCAAAUUGACGAAGAAAAUUACAAAAGCAGUAGUGAUUCUAACCCAACUAGUAUAAAUAAAGAAGAUGAGUUGAGUGAAGAUUAAGCAUCAAUAAAAAUUGAAGACAUAAAAGAAGAUUUUUAAGCUUAAAAGCAAAAGAAAGGUAAAGCAGAUGAUAGAAACAUGGAGAAGGUAACUCCUUUCUCAAUAUUAAAUCUGACUAACCACAAAAUAAGUGUAGUAAAAAGCGAACUCUUAUUCUCUCAGGAUUAUCUGUAAGAAUUUUUUGAGACAAACAGAAUAACUAAUUCAGUCUUACAUCCUUUCAGUGAAAGUAGAACUACUAACUCUAAAAUUUAUGAAGUAUUGCCAUAACAAGAAGUUGAAUACGCAAUAGACUAUGAAAAGGAAGCCUCUAAUCUACUUAAUACUUAAUCAAGAAAAAGGAAAAAUCGCUUUAGCAAAUAAGGAACUAUUGAUAGUGGAAAGAAAAACAAGAAAAAUAAUUAGUAAUUAGUAAACUUAGUUUUUGACAAUUUUUAUCCAAUAAAAGAUUUAGACUUAAAUAAAAUUUAGUCUUACAGACAAAUUUUAGAAAAUUUUGAAGAUUCCCGCAAUGGUUCAGUUAUUCUUGAAGAUAAAUAAUCAUUGCUAAGAUAUUCAACUAAUAGUAAGAGCAGGAGCAAGUUUGAGAUAAUCAACUAUAUUGAUGAGAUAUUCUUCGGAGUUACUUUAGACAAAUUAAGGAAAAUACUUACUAUUAGAACACCUUAUAUCAUUUUUAAUAACACAAAAUUCGAUUAUCUGGUUAUCAUUAAAGACUAAAUGACUGGAAUUAUAAAAGAAAAAUAUUUAUUAAAUGAUACUAGUUUGAAAAAUUAAUAAUCCUAAGACACAAGUUAUUCAAACAGCUAUAAAGGUGGAUUAAUGAUAAUUGAAAAUGUUUUAAAAUUGGAGGAAGGUAAAGGGAUUUUGCUCGAUCAUAAGAAUCAAUUGUAUACUUAUGUCUAAAAAGUAAAAGGAGAAAUAGCUGAGUCAUUUGAUAUAAUUCUUUUACCUCCUAUUGUGGUUAAAAACGCUCUACCUUAGGAUUUAGAAAUGAUGGGUGUUUAUAAGGAAAAUGUAACCACAAGAGACUAAAAUGACUAGGUAUUCAAAUUUCAGAAAGGUGAGGAGAAGUAAUUUCAUAUAUUUUCCUAUUAAGGAGAUAAAAGGGAUGAAAUAAACAUUUAAUUCAGAAUUCCUGGCUUCAAUUGGACAUAGGUUUAGUUUAAAAGUAAGUUCCAAGGAGAGUAGAUUGACAAAGAUAUCAUAAUAAAGGAUCAUGAAGGUAGUAAUCUUUAAUUAUGUAUAAGGCAGUCAAUUAAGAAAGGUGGAUUUACAUUGACAUUUUAUGCCAGCACUAUAAUAAUCAACCACUCACUGAAUAAAUUCAAACUAUUUUACGACACUAUUAACAAAUAAGUUGUUGCAGGAUAAGAAUAAAGAUAAGACUUUAUUUAUGCAAAUAGGGAAGAUUCACUAUUAGCUUGCAUAGGUGAAAGAUACUCAAAUACCAUAAAAAUUAAGACUGCAGGGAUUAGAGAUUAGUUCUCAAUUAUAUCUCUCUAAAAUAGUCAUUUGACCGCCCAAAUUGAAGCUUAAAUUAGAUAGAAAAAGUAUGAAUUCGUCUAUGAAACAUAUUUAUCUCUGGUAGUUGACAAUGAUUAUAUCUACACUAAAAUAGUUUAAAUCUCUCCAAAAUAUGUUCUAGUUAAUAAUAUGAAAUCAGCUAUUUGCAUAGCUUAAGCAGGAACUGAAAAUUAUUCAUAAGAAGUCUUAGAACCAGGAGAACGAAGAGAAUGGGUUUGGGCUGAUGCCAAUCAUAUUGAAGAAAUAGUAAUAAAAAAGCAAGAUGCUACAAUUGAAAAUAUGUUUAGAGAUAGUUUUGAGUAAAGCAGUUUAGUUUUAAUUCCAGAGGAAGAUAGAUAUAAGAAAUGGAAAUGGUCCUAGCCUUUUAGCUUAAAUCAAUUAGGAUUAUCUACUAUUGAAAUCAAGAAAAUAGAGAAUAGAUUCAAUAAUUUAAAGGCAAGAAAGAUCAUUAAAAUUGUUAAGAAAAAAAUAGAGGCUUCCACAUAUAUCAUAUUUGAAGAUGAAGAUAAAAAAUAUCCAUACUACAGAUUAGAAAACACAUCUUCUGAGGUUUCAGUUUGGUUUGUCUAAAAAGGAUUAAAAUUUGAGGAGGAAGGUUCUAAACUUACACCUAAAACUACAUUGCCAUUUGCAUUUCUAAAUCCUUAGGGCGAACAUUUCAUAUCAUGUAUAUUUGUCUUUAAUGGAAGAGAUCCACUUGAAUAAGGAAGAACUUUAUCAUUAAGAGAAGAACAAAAAUAAGAUUAUAAUUUUGAAAAGCUUGAUUAAAAGCAUCAUAUUGAAUACACUGAUCUAUUAACUGCCUAAAAGAAGAAAGUUCAUAUAUCAAUAUAUACUGAUGGGUGCACAAAGAUUAUUAGAUUUAGUGAUAAUCCAUUGACAUUAGAGCGUAAAGAAGAGAGAGAAAGAGAUGUUCAGAAAAGCAUUCAUAGUUUCAUAGCACAGAGCAGGAUCUUAAAGACUACAUUCUAAAUGAAUAUUAGAGAGGUUUUGGUAUCUUUUAUCACAUCAAUAGACUAAAAAAUAAAAGGAUAGCAAAAUAAGAGCAGAAAAGAGGUGGCAAUAUUAACAAUUUAGGAUGUGUAAAUAGAUUAAUAUUAAUCUCAAGAAUGGUACAAGAAUAAAAUAGUAAUUAGCUCAAUAUAGAUUGACAAUUAGAGCAUGGUAAAGCCCCUAUUUCCUACAAUUCUUUAACCAAGAUUAUUCAGAACUAAUGAUCAAAUGAACAUGAUAGAGAUUGAAGUCAAUAUGAAUACUGAAAAUCCAGAAAUUACAUAUAUAGAUGAAAUUGAUUUUAAAUUCUCUGGAAUGAUUAUAAAAUGUGAUGACUCAUUCUUAGGAUAUGCUCUAAGUUUUGGCUAUGGUGUAGUAGAGCUUUUAAAGAAAAAUUUGACGGGAACACAUCCUAUAUUUCAAAAUAGAGAAGUAAUAAAUCAUAUAGAGAAUGAAUAUGGACUCGGGGAUAAUGAUUUUAAGAUAUAAAUUGAAAGAAAAAGUACAGGGAAAUUUUAUAAUGAUCCGAAAUUCUAUGGAGUAGUUUCAAUUCCACAAAAACAAAUUAAAACAUUGAUGGACAAAGCUAAGGACAUCAAAUAGUAGAAUCCAAAAGAUUCUUAAUAUGAAUAAAUCGAAGAAAUUUAUAAAAGUUGGCUAGUUAAAACCAUAGCUACUAAAUAAAGGAAAAUAUACUUGAAUAUUUGCUAGCUUCAAAAUUUAGAUAUAGAGCUCUCUUUCUUGGCCAGAAAGUCAUUCUAAUUAGGAGAAAAGGAGGACACUCUUUAAUUAUAAAGUUUCAUGAAUUGGUGGGGUCUUGCCUUGAUUAAUAUUGAUGAAGCACCUAUCUAAAUCUAAUAAUAUAAUGAGAAAUAGUAAUUUGGAAUGCAAGAAGAUUUUAUCAAUAACAUUUUAGAGCAUUACUAAGGUGGUUUGAAGAGAAAUUUCUUUAAUUUAAUAAGUUCUACUGAAAUCCUUGGAAACCCAAGAAAAUUAGUUACUACCAUUGGCAAUGGUGUAAAUGAUUUCAUUAGAUUACCUUUAGAAAACAAAGAAAGAGGACCACUUCAUGUUAUCAAAGGUGGUAUACUUGGAACUGGUAGUUUGAUUAAAAAUUCUUUUGAGGGUACUUUUGGAUUUAUUUAAUCUUUCUCUGGAUAAUUAUCCAAAGGACUUUUACUCCUAAGUUUAGACAAGGAAUAUCUAAGUGAGCGAGAAGAAUAACUACUAACUGAAAAACCCAAAAAUAUUGUUGAAGGGGUUGGAUAUGGAUUAUAAUCUGCUUUAAAUAGCAUAUAUUCAGGAGUAACAGGGGUAGUUACUAGGCCGUAUAAAGAAGCAAAACGAGAUGGAUUUAAAGGGGCUCUUGUUGGAGGGGCAUCUGGUGCUAUUGGACUGGUUUUAAAGCCUUUUAGCGGUGGUUUAGAUCUUUUAUCAAAAUCUACAGAGGGAAUCAAAAAUACGCUAAAGAUAUUUGAAGCAAAGAUAUUUAAAGAUAGGAGAAGAUUACCAAGACCUAUGUACGGCUACAAUUAGUAGAUUAAAUCCUAUAAUGAUAUGGAUUCCUAUAUUGUAAUGAGAAUCCUUUUUACAGUUAAAGAUGGAGUUUUUAUGAAUGAUCACUAUAUUGAAACUUUAAAGUUCUAAGAAAAUGAGAGAACUUUAUUUUUGAUUAUCUCAGAGGAGCAUGUAAUUCUACUUGAUGCUAGAUAAAAAGCAGUUUGGUGGAAUAUUAGUUCUUAAAAUAUUAGUGCUAUUGAUAAGCUAGAAAAUGGAUUGAUUUUGAGAUUUAGGAAUAAGCAGAAUUAUAAGACCCAAGAGGUCAUAGAGAUUAAUUCAAGGCCUUAUCUUGAAAAGAUUUAUGAAAGGCUCAAACAACUAGAAAAGCCUUGA